AUGAACGCCGAGGACGCUGAAUGUCGUACCGCGCUCCUCUUCGUAGCCGCACUUGGCUUGGAACUGUGCGUGAAGCUGCUGGUGAAAGUCGGCGCGAACCUAGACCAUCGCGACCGCAACGGCGAUCUUGCUAUGCUGCACAUGGCGGCUAGGUACGUGCGGCCUGGUGUUGCGAAGGUGUUGCUGGAUCUGUGCGCGGAUCGUGAGGUGGUGGAUGAGCAUGGAAGAACGACGUUGGAUCUGACGCAGGAGAUUCUGAAGGCGAAGCCGAAGGGAAAUCCGUUUCAGUUCCGGCGCAAGAUUGGGCUUGAGGGAGUGGUUAGGGUUUUGGAAGGGGCUGUGUUCGAGUACGCGGAGGUGGAGGAGAUUCUUGAACAGAGAGAGAAGGAAGAGAAUUUGGAGUCACGAAGGUGGAGGAGAUUCUUGAACGGAGAGGGAAGGGAGAGAAUUUGGAGUCGCGAAGGUGGAGGAGAUUCUUGA